AUGGCAACGCUACCUACACUGGCCCGAUCUGCUUCACGUGGUUCUAAACACGAACUCUCAUACGCAUCUCCUCUGGUCGUCCGAGUGCGUGGUGAUCAACCAGAUAGAGAGUCCCUCGAGAGGCAUGACAGUAAGCGCCGAAGUCGAGGUUUCAAUGACGAGGACGGGAAGAUCGGCCAGGAUGGACGGAAGCGACGAUCUCGUGGCAGCAGUGACGACGAAGGCCAACUGACCGAAGAUAACCUCCACAAUGAGGAUUUAAGGGUCGGAGGCCCUUACCUAUGCUCUAUUCCCACGACCAGCGUAGUCGUGCCGAGAGACCACCCCAAGUUCCGACUGACCUGUAUCGAAUAUGAUGAAGGACGAGAACUUUCGAAGAAAAUCCUCAGCGUCAUCGACAAGUAUCAUCUCAACCAAGAUGAUAUUGGUAUCCGGUUUUCCUUCCUCGGUCGGCGGUCUAUGAUCGACCCCGAGCCACAGCCCUGUCUGACUCUUUGGAUCCCGGCAAACAGAGAAACGGUCGAUAACACUUGGCUCCGAUGCGCAAGAGAGCUACGAGGUCUCUUGGUUAGCAAUGGUCUUGCUUCUUGCUCGGUAGAGAUUGCCGACCCCAUCGCUUUCACGCCCAUGAAGACUUUUCCUGUUCUCCAAGAAGACAAAAUCUUCCAGCAAUGGGAGCCUCUAUUGAAGGAGCUUUUAGGUCGAUUGGACCUAACUUCAGUUCGAUCUAUUGGAUGCUUCCGGCGCGGCAGAAGCUCCGAGCACCUGGAUUGUGCACCAACCGUGUUAAUUCUGGUCGAUCGCAAUCAGGACUGGACCGAAGCUCGGGAGAAGGUCGUUUCCAUUCUGAAGACGCGGCGCCUCCAGAUGGUUGCUGUGGAGAUUGUUAUGGAUAGGCCGGUGUAUCAGGCGCCGCGGCGCUGCGAAGGGAUCAGCACUGGUCUUCUCGAAGGAUUUCGGAAGAAUGAUGGCCGGACCAUGGCAACCCAGUCUAUCGCUUCAUCUCAAAACCAUGACGGCAGUGGCACUUUAGGGUGUUUCGUGAAACUCAAACACCCAUCCUCUGAUCAGUGGGAGACCUUUGCUUUGACUUGCUGGCAUAUGGUGGUCCCCCCUUUGGCCGAUCUCUCCCAUAGGGAUAAAGGAGUAAUCAAGAACUGGAACAAAGAUGGUAUCACACCAAACCGUGCCAACAACGAUAUUGACCGCCUCCUUCUCGUUGACCACCCAACUCGACUUGCUUACAGAGAACAAGUAUCAAAGAUGGAAGAGGACAUUCAAGACACUGAGCGUUGGCAGGACUAUCGGAGCUUUCAACAACUUGAGCUUGACGAGGCACUCGAAGUGCUUAGUAGCCCCCAACGCCGGCGCUAUGAAAAGACCAAGGCUGAUGUCAAACAGCAAAAGGUGGAUAUCCAGGCCCUCCAUGAUUGUUUCAAAGGUUGCCGUCAACUGCUUGGACCCGUUUUUGCUGGUUCUGGCUUCAAGCAGAAGAACUAUGACUUUGAAAACGAUAGUGUGGAUUAUCCUACCCAUCUUGACUGGGCCCUUGUCAACUUGAGUCCUGCUCGCCGGCCAUCCAACGAGUUUUUCGACGAGAAACCCAGUUUCAUCCCCGAGAGAUUCGCCAUGCAUGCGACUUUACAAAGCAUAGACCUACACGGACAAAAGGUCUUCAUGAACGGAUAUCGCUCUGGUAAAUCAAUUGGAGUUUACCAUGCGCUUCGGGUUGCCAAUAUCGCCACAAAUAUGGAAGACGGGGUUGUUACCACUGUCACUACCCUUGAAUAUUCCAUUUCUGGCGUUGGAGGAAAGCUUUUCUCUACGCCAGGGGACUCCGGGGCAAUGGUUGGCUGCAAGAGAGAAGCAGCAAGAGGGGAACUCCAGAGACUUAUUCUUGGGAUGGUAUUUGCGGGAUUCGAGAAGGAAGGUAUCACUCGCUUCACUCGAGCGGAUCUUUUGAUUGAUGACAUCAAGGAAGUGACCAAGGCCAGAGAUAUCGAGGUCCUCUGGGACUGA